ACCGGGGCGCUGGCGGGCUGCUGCUCCUCCGUCGUCGUCGUUGCCGGCGCUGUUCGGCUCAAGCGGGCCCACCCAGGGCAGGCGGAGGCCCCGGCCGGGCUGGAAUCCGGCGGCUGGAACGCCCCAGGGCGCCCGAGUCCCGGGCUCCACGCUGCUGCGUCAGCGCCGCCUCCUCCUCCUCCUCCUUCGCCGCCGCCGCCGCGUAGCCGCCCGGCUGCGGGAUGGGGACUGGAGGCGCGCCCCCUUCUGGGGCCCGCGCGCUCAAGGCCGGAGGAGGGGGCGGCGGCUGCUGCUGCUUCUCCUGCUCCCGCCGCGGCUCCCGCUCCCGCCGCUCCCUCGGCCGAGGAAGGCUCGGCUGCCGUCCUGCCGCCGCUGCUCCGCGCCCGCUGCUGCUGCUGCUGCCGCCGCCUCCGCGCCCGCCGCCGAUGUGCUCUAACUCCCCGAAAGCAGCAGCGGCAGCAGCGAGCCCCUUGCUCCGCUCAGGCUCCGUCCUCCCUUCCUGCUUCCUCGUCGGCAGCCAAUCGGCGCCCUCCCCAGCGCCGUCCGCUCCGACGCGCCCGCCAAUCGCCAGGCACCUGGCCCGCCCCCGCUAGCCAAUCUCCGCACCAACCACCCGCCCCAGCCAAGUCCCAGCGCAGCUUGCAAGGCAAGGCAGGCAGGCGAGGCGGGCGGCUCCCAGCGGACACGGCAUGGCCACGGCCGCCCAGCCGGGGGAGGGGCGUCCCCACGCGAGCGGCAGCAUCCUCCGCGCGCGCCCCGCCCCCCCGCCGCCCAACCUGUCUUCUCGGCAGCCCCGUCGCGCCUCUAGUCCGCCCCAUCGCUCUUUUCCCGCCUGCCCAAGUCCCCAUCUGCUUUUCCCAUCCUCCCCUGGACGUGAGCGGGGCGGGGGCGCCUUCCCUCCUCGCCUCGGCCGCCCCUCGUGCUUCCCCACGCGGCUUUCCUCGCGGGGAAGAGAAACGCCUCGAUGAAGUUUAUUUAGCCCGGCUCCGUCCGUCCCCCGCCCCCCAAAUUCUCCCCCUCCUCUUCCCGUCGCUCUUUCUCGCCCUGUCACACAACGGACUAGCCGUCACCUUGGUCGGCCACCAACAGCACCCUCCUCCUCCUCUUCCAUUCGAGCGCCUCUUCCUUUGUUGCAUCCAGUCCCCUCGGGAGAUCUUCCAUAUUCAGGUCACCGGCUCUACUUGUCAGUCACCGUCCACCAGAAGCCGCCCACAUCGACCCGAGCCCCUCUGCUUUCUACCCAUCUACUUUGCCCAGAAGUUCCUAGGCUAGCAAUCCUGCUUUCCCUCAACUUUCCCUUACUUGUUGGACUUUCAUCUCGACCAGUCUCUAAAGCUUGGAGGAACAUUUGUACAGCUAAAGAAGAAUCGCCGCCCCCCCAAAUCCCCCAUCUCCUUGCUGGCAUAAGGGAAGGAAAGGGGUGGCCUUAGCAGUCUCACUUCCACUGUUGGGUACUAGACUGUCCUUGCGCCUCAUCUCUGCAACAACAGGGCACCUGUGGACCAUAGCUGUGCACACCAUAGACAAAUGCAAGCUUGAUUGCAUUACCAUUUAAAAUGAUUACAUAGCACUGAAUAUUGAACCAAGUCCUCAGCACAAUAUCAAGGCUGCAGAAUAAAUGAGCAAAACAUUGCAUGCACCUUGGUAAUGUUCAUUGUGUGUGUGUUCCUCUUUCAGGGAGCCUAAUGUGAAAAUGUCAGGUUAAUACAACAGGCUUUUCAAUUUUGCCUUC